AUGUAUCUUAAGGAACAAAAUCUAAGGAAUCACUCUUCCCUCACACAGUUUCUUCUCUUGGGAUUCUCAGAGGUUCGUGAGUUUCAGGUUCUUCACUUCAUUGUCUUCCUUGUUUACUACCUGGUAGCAACUGGAGGAAAUCUUCUCAUCGUCACUGCAGUAGUUACUGACCACCAUUUACAUAACCCCAUGCACUUCUUUCUGGUGAACCUGGCCAUACAGGAUGUGGGACAAAUUUCAGUCAUUGUCCCGAAAUCCAUGGCCAACUCCCUAAUGGGCGGUAGACAGAUUUCAUAUUCUGGAUGUGUGACUCAAGUGCUUUUCUAUAUCUUCUUUAUAGCAUCUGAUUUCUUUCUUCUCACUGUUAUGGCAUAUGAUCGGUAUGUGGCUAUUUGCAAUCCAUUACAAUAUGAGAUGUUGAUGAACAAACAAGCCUGCCUUCAAAUGAUUGCUAUUGUUUGGAUCAGCAGCUUUCUUUAUGGAGUCUUACACACUGGUGGUACCUUUGCAGCUCCCUUUUGCUCCAAUAUUGUCAACCAAUUUUUCUGUGAAAUCCCCCAUUUAGUGAAGCUUGCCUGCUCAGACUUGUAUCUAAUUGAAGUUGCAUUUCUUUUGUUAAGUGUUGUGGUUGCAGGAGGGUGUUUUAUUUUCAUCAUUGUGACUUAUGUGUACAUCUUUACAGUAGUGUUGAAAAUUCCUACUAUGCAGGGAAGGCAGAAAGCCUUCUCCACUUGCCUUCCCCACCUCAUCGUGGUUUCCAUAUUUGUGUUGACAGGAUUUUCUGUUUAUGUCCAGCCCUUUUCUAAUUCUUCAUCAUAUCUUGAUUUGGCAAAGACAAUAGUCUAUUCCAUGAUUCCCCCUUUAAUGAACCCAAUAAUCUACAGCAUGAGAAACAAGGGAAUAAGAAAUGCCCUAUUCAAGGUAUUAGGUUUAAGAUAA